AACGUCACAUAAUACUAGAGCUAAAUUUAGACAUUACAUGUUUGUGUGUAACACGCUUUUUCAGAAAACGGAUCGGAUUUUUCAUUUUUGGUUUCCGAUCUUUGCCGACAUUGCCAAGUAGUAUUAGGGGAAGAAGUCAAUCGUACUAUUUUAGUACAAACCGGGUACCAGGGUUGGAUUUAACAUAAUACUGUGCAGUGCAUAACAGAAAUUGAAUCAAACGCUACAUUAAUUUCUGCACACAAACAGAUUGCUAACCGAAAACAUGGAUGUAAAUGUGUUAUGUGUAGUAGUUCUGUUCAUGCUGGUGUCGUUUCAUCGGUUGUCGUUCAGCCUUCCUGAUACAUUGGAGAAUUCCGCAAGCUUAGAGAUGAAAACCUCUGCUGAUUGUCCGGCUACGACCGAUUCUACCCAUGGACAGUGGUCUGAGAGUGUGAAGGACGGCGCGAUAGAAUGUGAACUGAGGUGUGAUGGAGGCUACGAACCAAACACAUGUAACGUUUUGAUGAAAACGGGAAACGGCACGUGGGAUAAACAAGUCCCAAACUGUGUCAAAGAACCUUGGACACAUACGAUUUGGGGAAAACUUAUCCUUUCGGUAGUGGCGGGCGUAGGUGGAGUCGUUGCAGUUCCACUUUGCCUAUGUUUAAUCGGUUUCACGUGCAGCGGAGUGCGUGGUGGUUCAUGUGCUGCUUAUACGCAGACUCCAGACACUGAAGCCGGAAGUUGCUUUGCUUGUUGUCAGAGCACAGGUGCCAAGGGGUGUACUGCAUGGUUUUUGGUUCCAUUUAUCGUGGUCUUCACAGUCACGUGUGUGUUGUUGUUCGUCUUAAGUAGUGCCAAAUGCUAAUUAGACUAAGAUUGGAAAAUGAACAUCGAACAAAAUAGAUUUUCCUUAUACAAAUAUUAUAUGCUAUCAAAUUAAGCCUCAUGAAUAGACACAAAUAAUUAUAAACCCAAAAAUCCGCAAUAGACAAUUUAAUUUUUAUUCGGAUUGAUUUAAACAUAGACUUUAGAUCUGUAGUUCGGACUAAUACGUUCAUAUUGAUAAUAAAUCUAAUAUCACAGAAA